AUGAAGUCCGAUAUCGUGUGCAACUACGGCCACCCUAACCACGAAAAAAACCGAACGCGGCGAUCCUACUUCCCGGCGACGGCGACGGCGACGACGACCAGCUCUUUACAGACGCCCUCACUCAGUUCGUUGCCGUCCCCCGGCCCGCCCGCCAGCAUCACACCUGACUCCGAGUUCUGCAAGCCCUUCUACGAUGAUCUAGACUUGAAUCUAGAUGCUAUCAGCAAUGAGUCCAGUCUGCUUGACCACAUUCACGCAUUUUCGAAUGGAACAUCCGGAAGCGAAGAUGAUUGCAGCUUCUUCCCGAUUGACGUUUUGGGACAAGUAGAGCUCUCUAGUCCUUUUGGUCCCUGCAGCAUUCAAGGCUCAAUUCGAACUGGAACGCCGGACUCUGCACAACACGAUGGACCUGCCGUGACAUUCGCGCAGACUAGAACUUGGGGAGGAAGUCACUGGGAAACUGCUUUUGACCAGUUUGACAAGAUCACAUUCUUGUCCAACCAGGCCAGCGACAGAUUAGCAGAUUCAGAUCUCCAGUACUUGUACGGUGAAUGCAAGCAUUUGGCAGAAGGCAUAAGAAACAAGUCCCUGUCAUCUGCUGCAGGGGCCAUGCCGGACUCUGACAGUCGGUGCAUGCUCCCUUCACGGGAUUUGUCCAACAAGCUUGUGGAGAUGUAUUUUGAAACAUUUGGUCCAGUCUUCCCUACGCUGCACCGACCUUCAUUCCAGGACGAGUAUGAUAACUAUUGGCUGGAGCUCUCUGGUCAGGAUGCUCAACGCAGCUCAGCGAUGUCGACGAUAGUGUGCCUUGUCCUGGCUAUCGGAUCUUCUGUCUACAGCGGCGGCCUGCCGGCCUCGCUUCAGAGCCAGCUGCACUCGCGUGCCCGCAAGUGGAUGCUGACUGCCCGCUCCUGGUUCAAGACGGAGUUUCCAAGAGAGGCACUGGGCAUCCCCAAGCUGCAGACGUUGUGUCUCUUCCUUCUGGCGCGUCAGCUCUUCCCGUGUGGCCUGGAUGAUGAGGAGUCCUCCCUCUCCGCCGACUACGCCUUGAGGCUGGCCAACCGUAUGGGUCUACAGCAGCGCAAGCCGGCCUCUGGCUGUCAAUCCGACGUUGCCCAAGUCCAACUGCGACAUUCUCUCUGGUGCACCGUCACGGAGCUUUCGAUACAAUCCAGCCUUGAUCUGGGAGAGCAUCCACUGCUCCUUCCAGAACAUCUAGCCGACAACCAUCUUCUACACACGGCCGUGACCGCAUCCGAGCAGAUACAAGCUCAAUCCCAGAGCCCCAUCCAGACUGCCCUCAUGCGGUCAUUACCCGUGCGGCUGAAGAUAGCCAAACUCCUCAACAGUCCUGAUGUCAACAGUAUUUCCUACGAGGAAGUCAUACGGCUGGACAGACAGCUCGUCGAGUCCUCCCGUUCCGACUCGCAUCAUCUGCGAGUGUUUCCUGAGUCAGAUAUUGGCAGCAGCAAUAUGGCCAUCCCGUGGCGUCUGUGCAAUAUUCUCACGCGCCGGUUCCGGCUGGCACUACAUCAUCCAUUCGCCAGCAAAGCCGGGGCCAAUCCGACCUACUUCUUCUCGCGCCACGUCUGCCGCGAAACGUCCCUCCUUUUGCUCCGUUUGUUGUCUCCUGUGUCACAUGAUACCGCAUUGCCAGACUACGACCACGGAUGUUUUUUUGUGGGUACUGCCGGCGGCGUCUUCAAGUCUGUUCUGAUCCAUGCGACAACGUCCGUCUGUCUCGAAGUCUUCCACGAGCUGGCGGACGACCCGCUCGCCCUGUCCACAGCGCCGACUGUCGAAUCCAAGCAGGCGAUGUUAAAAGACUGGUGGCGGGCCAUCGAACGGUCCAUUGUUUUGUGCCAACACCGCAUCAACGCCGGGGAAACGGAUAUCCGUGCGUACGUCCUGUUUCGCUCAGUCCUGGGCCAAAUCACAGCUAUCAAGGCCGGGCAAAACGAGAACGAGAGCAUUUUCAGGGCGGCGAGAGAGAGCCUGAGGUACUGCUACCAUCUGUUACAAAGUAGGACUACGGAGGAGCCGCUGAUAGAUUCAGACAAGACGCCAUUUCAAUUGAUGUAG